UUCUUGGCUUGAGGCAACGGAAUACUUACCAAGAGAAUGUACCAUAUGCAUCUAUAAGACACAUGAGUAAAUCAGGGGAACCUGAUGACCAGUUGACCUACGUAGACAGUUACGCAUCUGAAACCAACGGAUUCCAUGUGUCUGAGAUCGUCGAAAGUUCUAGAAUAAAAGCACGGAAAAUGGUAUACAGAGCUGUACAGGCGUUGGCGUCACUGAGGAAAGACAAAAACAAUGUUGUAAAUAUGGAAGAAGCCAUUGAUUUUGUAAAUAAUCAGCUUUCUAUAGAUCAAACAGAAGGUCCAUCAGUCCACCAAAGACAAGGUGCCCAGGAUCAGCGUCUUCCCUCUACACCAAAUCCACCUAGCUCAACUCCUGCCAAUGAUUCCCAUCAAAACCCACCCGACCAAAAUGACCUACAAAUCCCAUCUGAACUUGUUUCACGCUGUAUGGCUACAUUGCUUAUGAUACAGAAAUGUACGGAGAGGCAAUUCCCACCAAGUGAAGUUGCCCAGGUUCUAGACUCGGCGGUGGCGAGUUUACAGCCUUGCUGCUCGCAGAACCUUCCGAUCUAUACAGAGAUUCAGAAGUGCAUGGGAAUCAUAAGAAACCAGAUUCUUGCCCUCGUACCCUCCUAAAGUAAUAAAAUCCUAAAACCAUAACUUAACCUCUGUCUCUUCAAUGAUGCUUGUUUCUCCUGUAAAAUCCGUAUUUCCUUAUAGAAAAUUCGUUUAGUAUACCUCAUUUAUUUGGAGUGACUCACGAUAACUAUCCCGAGUUCAUAUUUUACACAUAACCACCCAUCAAUUGUUAGACGGGACUGGAUCGCCGGUCCAUUGUCAUUUUCUUGUACGGUACUAAAUAGUUUCAUUCCU